AUGGACGAGGACUACUCUUCUGGCUCCGUCGAUGCCGACCGCGAGAUGACCAGACUUUGGCGCACAUGGAGGACGGUAUUCGAAAUGCUUCAGGAUCGGGGCUACGAAGUCACCGAAGAAGAAGUGCAAAUAUCGCUCGAAGAAUUCAAACAUAAAUACUCCGAUCCCCUCGGAUACCCAGACCGCAACAAGAUGAAAAUCCAAGCUCGCCCCACGGAGGCCAUGCAACUCAAAUACACGGCCCUCAAGACCAACUCCAACCCGGACCCCCAGCCCGACUGCGGAACCAUCUACGUUGAAUUCUGCCCCGACUCGACCGGCGUCGGUACCAAGCAAACCCCGAUCUCCCCGUCCGCCGUGCGUCUGCUGAGCGGUGUCCCCGGCCGUAUCUGCGAGCAUUUCCAGGAGCAGGAUCUGCUGGUUAACAUCACCCGGCACGAACUGGUCCCGAAGCACGUUCUGCUGAGCCCGGAGGAGAAGUCCCGGUUGCUGCAGCGCUAUCGUCUGAAGGAAUCUCAGUUGCCCCGUAUCCAGGUGUCGGACCCCGUGGCGAGAUACCUGGGCCUGCGCAGAGGUCAGGUCGUGAAGAUUAUUCGCAAGAGUGAAACGGCCGGUCGUUAUGCCAGUUACCGUUGGGUUAUUUAA